AUGGCUGCUGUCGACGAUGGCAUCGGGAGUGAGAGUUUCGUAACAAAAUCGGACCGAAACUUUAGUGACGGGUCGAAAAAUAUCGAUAAUAAUAAGAACUAUUAUAAUGAAUGCAACAAUAGUGAAAAUAGUGUUGACCUUAACAUGAAUAAAACUCAUAAAAUGUCCGUAGUCCAGGAGUUUUAUAAUGGAAAAAAUAUUUUAAUUACCGGAGCUACAGGGUUUCUCGGUAAGAUUCUCGUGGAGAAACUCCUUAGAUGCUGUCCUGGCGUGGAGAAUAUAUAUAUUCUGAUCAGGCAGAAGCGAGGAAAAGACAUCUAUACGAGAAUCGAAGAAAUGUUUGAAGAUUCGGUUUUCGACCGCCUAAAAGAAGAAGUACCAAAGUUUAGACACAAAAUCGUCGCCAUACCGGGGGACUGUGGAGCGGCCGGUCUGGGGCUAACGAUCACUGAUAGACAGACAAUAAUCGAAAAGGUACACGUGAUAUUCCACUCCGCAGCCACGGUGAAGUUCGAUGAACACCUGAAAAUAGCCUUAAUAACCAACGUGCAAGCACCCUUAUAUUUGUUGCAGAUGGCCAAAGACAUGAAGGGCUUGAAGGCUUUCAUGCACAUAUCGACGUUGUACUCCAACGCACAUCUGACACGCAUCGAAGAGAAGUUCUACCCAUGCGAGAUGGACUGCAAGAAACUACAGCAGAUGAUCGACAAACUGACAGACGAAGAGAUCAACGAAAUGCUUCCUACCAUUUUGGGCAAACGGCCUAAUACCUACACAUUUAGCAAGGCUUUGGCGGAGAAAGAACUUAGACAGAAUUCAGGAAGCGUGCCAUUAGCAAUAAUUAGACCUGCCAUCGUGGCAUCUACAGCAAAAGAGCCUAUAAAAUGCUGGGUGGACAACAUGUACGGACCCGUUGGAAUUACAGUUGGAGCUGUAACAGGGAUGCUACGAACGAUGGAGUGUGAUGCGUCUGUAACCGCUGAAAUUGUACCCGUUGACAUAGUGGUCAAUUGCCUGAUGGUAGCCGCUUAUGAUGUCCAUAAGGAAUACACGAACGGCACGUUAUCAGAACCACCAAUAUUCAACUACGUCAGUUCGGUGGAGAAUAGAAUAACAUGGGGCGAUUUUAUACACCUCGCUUGGGGGGACAUCGAUAAAAAUCCUUUUUCAAAUGCUGUUUGGUAUAUCUAUUUAAUACUGACGAAUUCGGCGUUUCUGAACUAUAUAUACAGAUUUUUCUUACAUUUGCUACCUGCUGCGAUGGUUGACGGAUUAGCUGUAUGCAUUGGAAAAAAACCAAAAAUGUUAAAAAAAUACAGGACGAUACACAAAUUCACAUCAGUGCUGAAACACUUCUGCACGACAGAAAUAAAGGUCUGCAAUCGACGGACUAGAGAACUGUGGGACAAGACAUCUGAUCUGGACAAACAAAUUUUCCCAUUCAGUAUGAGUGACGUCGAUUGGAAGGACUACUUUGACGACUACCUCCCGGGUAUCCGCCGCUACCUCUUCAAGGAAAGCGAUGACACGAUACCGCAAGCGAAGAUUAAAUGGGAAAGAUUGUACUAUCUCCACCAGAUAGUUCGAAUCGGUUUCAAAGUUUUCGUGAUCUACUCUCUCUGGUCUAUAUUUACACGAAUUUUCUAGAAAUGUGAGAAAAAAAAUUGUCCACUGUUAUCAACCAGGGUGUAGCCGUUUUUUUCAUGUGGGCAUUUAUUUUACAAUUUUAAAUAUAAAACGGGUAUUUAACGUUAAAUAAAUGUGAGCCCGAUAUUUUUUAGAGCACUAAUAAAUAAAUAAAAUUUAUUUUUCCUGGAGUAAA